UUGUCUCCUUGCAUGGAAGAAACAACUUCUCCAGCACUUGAAGCUGCUCUGGAGGGUCCAUCUGACCACGUGCCUGAGCCUUCUGCUUUUCUCCUGGAGUUGCUGGAGAGGAAACUUGCUCCCUCUCAGCCCAGCCUCCUGGUAUGAGGAGGGCUACAGUUCCUGCCCUGCGUGUUAUCCCUGUUCCUCUGGGCUUUGACGUGACCUUUUGCCAAAUUUCUGCUUGGCUGAUCAAGGAGGAGGAGGAGGAGGAGAGACUUCUGUGACACUGCACAGGCUUCAGGGUCCAGCUCCAGCUCUGGCCCCCCACCCUGCCAAAGGGCUAAAAAAAAAAUGCCUCCUGGCUCGUGGAAAGCAGGAUCUCGAGGGAGGCAGCAGUGGGAGUGUGAGUGAGGGUUUCACAGUCUGCUGGCUGCUGGGGGGGCUGAGCUGGUGCUUCUCAGCAGGGAGAGAGAUAAAUGCUGAAUUUCUCACACCACAACAGAGAAUCCCUCAGGGAGAGGCACCUCCAACAUGGCCCAGAAAAGCCAAACUGGCAGGACUGGGAAAAAUGGGUCCUCCCUCCUCUACUGUAAGAGUGAUUUAAAGGAAGAAUCCCUGCAGUGGGUGACAGAACCCCUCAAAGACCAGGUGCUCCUGGUGCUCAGCAUGGACAACACCUGCUCCACCUCCUCCUUUGACAUGGAGCUUUGUGCAGAGAAGCUGAAGGCCCUGGGGGUCCAGGUGCCAUUGGAUCAGUGGAAAAACUUGAUCCAGGAUGGUGUCCUGAAGCCUGAAGUGAGGAGGUACAUGUUCUACAACUCACGGGCAUUCCAGAUUGCCAUCGCCGUGAUUUUCUACAUGUCUCUCUGGACAAACUUUUACUCCACGGUCCAGCUGUGUUCCUUUGGACGCUACUGGGUGUCCAGUGUGCUGGUGACCCUGGCUGCUGUGGCAGUCACUGUACUGGUCAUACUGGUCAUUGAUCGGCGCCAGAGGAAGAUAAACGUGAACACAGAUGUGAGGCUGGCAGCUGUCAAUGAAAUCUUUAUCAAGCACAGUUUAAUUCUGGGGAUUACAGAUGUCCUGGAGGGGCCACACAACAUCCUACAACUGUGGUUUGUGCACUUCAGCCCCGAGCGCUGCCUGCAGGCCCUGUCCUCCCACCUCACCCACCUGCAGAGCACUGCACAGGCAGGAUUGAGGCACAGGCUGGACAAGCUCUGUGUGGUCAUGGAGGCAGCAGUUCAGCCCGACCUGGGGACAGAGGAUGAGGAGGCUCCACGUGAAGAGUCCCCUCUUUUAUCCAGUGGGGAGAACCUGAAUAAAAAGCCUGUGACAUGCAAUGAGCUGCUCUGCCUCGUCCCUGAGGGCCCACCAGAGGCCAUGGCCCAGCAGCUCCUGGUGAUCUUCAGCGGGUGCUACGUCCGGCUCCUGGUCACGGGGCAGCUCCCUGGGGCCGUGGCAGGAGGGCACCUGGAGCACAGCACCGUGCCCUGUCUGUGCCAGUUCAUCCAGACCACCGUGCUCGACUCACACCAGAGCUGGUUCAGGGGCAGGUGACCCCCAGAGGGGGCUGGAAAACACCAAAAUAAAAGCUGUCCCUCCACACCAGUGGGGCAGAAGGGAGGGCUGUGAUCCCUCAUCCUGGAUUUACCCAGAUGGACAUGUGGAAGUAGGACUCCAAUAAAACAUGCAGGACACUCACA